GUGCCUCCUGCUGUAGGUCGGCUGCGUGACAUGUUGGGUAAAAUCAAGGCAAUGUAAAAUGUUUAAAAGUUCUCUGGACAGAGUACGAAGAUCAAUUUGUAGAUUAAAAUCACUAGUUAUUAAAACUCUGUUAUAUGAUGUGUGGAUAAUUGAUAACAGAUUGGAGAAGUCUCAGAUAAAAGAGAAGGAAUAACGGGGUGGUCUGUAGAUUGUGGCAUGGAGGAUAGGUGGGCUGCUGAAAACAGAAUCAGAAUCAGAAUUACUUUAUUGAUCCCAUGGGGAAAUUACGUUUCGUUACAGCAGCUACUACCCAAAGUGAACCAGUGUUAAGAACAAAGAGCAAUGUAAGCAAUAAUGUAAGAGAAUGUAAAAACUAUAAGACCAUGUACAAGCAUAAGUGAACCUGUGUUCUGAGUUGUUGCUCAUUGAAUUGAAUAUGGGAUAUUGCACAGCGGGAAAAGUCUUGCCCCAAAAUUAUUGCACAUGGUGAAAAUAUAUAAGGAAAUAUGUACAAGUAUAUGAAAAUGAAGUGAACAUGAGUUAUUGCACAUUAUCAGUAUAAACAAAGGUGUGGUACUCAAAUAAUGUCUAACUGUUAAAAAGAACUUAAUUUUUUAUAACUGACACAGUCCCUCAAUUCAACUCAAUUCAGUUUUAUUUAUAUAGCGCCAAUAACAAUACAAAUUGUCUCAAGACGCUUCACAAAAAUCAGCCUGAAACCUCCAAAGCAGCCUGAGGGCGACGGUGGCAAGGAAAAACUCCCUUUAACAGGAAGAAACCUAACUGCUAUAAACAAAAAACAGCAUGAUCACCCGAACGGAGUCCACAUAAUAGCUGGUGACUACAACCACGCAAACUUGGAAUCUGUGCUCCCGACUUUGUACCAGCAUGUGAAGUGUCCCACCAGAGGUAACAACAUUCUGGACCACAUCUACACUAACAGCAACCACGCAUACAGAGCCAUCCCUCUCCCUCACCUGGGACAGUCAGAUCACUUCUGCUUGCUGCUUGCUCCAGCAUAAACCCCCCUCAGAUACAGAUCACCACCGGUCACAAAGACUAUCACGACCUAUCCCCAGCAUGCACUCUCUCAACUACAGGACUGCUUCGAUCACACUAUGUGGGACGUAUUCGAACAUGAGGACCUAGCAACAUAUAAAGAGUCAGUCCUGUCCUACAUCAAGUUCUGUAUUGAGAGUGUCACUGUGGAUAAAUGCAUACGUGUCUUCCCCAAUAACAAACCCUGGAUGACCGGCCAUGUCCGCAUGCUCCUUCGGGCCCGUGACUCUGUUUUCAGAUCAGGGAACAGAGAGCUGUACAGUGCUGCCCAGGCUGACCUGAAGAGAGGAGGCUAAGGUGGCUCACAAGAAGAAGAUCGAGAACCACUUCUCAGACAAUAACCCACAGCAGGUGUGGCAGGUCAUACAGGGCAUUACCAACUACAGAGGUCAUAUAGCAACACCUGGAAGCUCAGACAUGUUGCUAGCACUCUCUGAUGACCUCUCCUGGUCUUCAAACACUACAGCAGUGGUCAAGAAGGCCCAGCAGUGGAUCCACUUCCUGAGGGUGCUCAGGAGGAACAACCUGGAGAGCAAGCUGCUGGAGACCUUCUACAGAGCCUGCAUUGAAAGCCUCCUGACUUACUGCAUCUCAGUGUGGUAUGCUAGCUGCACUGAGGCAGACAAGAAGAGGCUACAGAGGAUCAUCAGCCACCCUCUGCCUUCCCUGGACACCAUCUACACCUCCCGCUGCUCAAACAGAGCCAGGAAAAUUAUUCAGGACAGUUUUCACCCAGGCCAUCACCUGUUCACACUGCCUUCCUCUGGACAGCGGUACAGGUGCAUUAAGUCCAGAACAAACAGACUGAAAAACAGUUUUUAUCCCAAAGCCAACACAAUACUGAACUGAAACAGAGACUGACAACAUUGCAUUAUAUAAAUGUACAUACAUGACAUACAUAAAUACAUAAUUUAUUCAUUAACUUAUUUAUUGCAAUUUCUAUUUCAUUUAUCUUUUUAUAUUUUUAACAUUGAAUGACUGAUGUCUGCACUGGUAUUGUUAUUGCGUAUCGUUUGUCUGUCUUUUUAUGUGAUGGCACUUUAAGGUUUUAGCUUUAAUUUUGUCGUACUGCUGCACAAUGACAAAUACAUUCUGAUUCUGAUUCUGGUACCUGAAGAAGCAAAUUAAGAGCAGAGGGUAGGCAGCGGACUGAAUAUGUUUAAUAUGAAGCUUCCCCAACAUUUCUGCAAACCUUCCUGAUGUGAAAUUGGUUCCCUGGUCACUUUGAAUAACCCUAAGAAUACCAAAAACAGCAGUGAACCACAUUAAUGCUUUCACCACUGACUUGGCUGUUAUGUUGCAUAAGGGAAACACAGCUGGAUAUCCAGUUGUUUGACACAGAACUGUAAAACGAUACAGACUCCCUGACUUUGAUUUUGGCAACGGGCCAACACAAUCAAUCAGCAAAUGCUCAAAAGGGUUACGCCCCCGUAGCCCUUAUUAAAGAGCAAGAGAAGAAAUACACAAUCACACCUGGGGUUCAAAUUUUCUGUGACAGGCACAUUGUUUCCUGGACACCACCUUCACAGUCAAUGAUGACAUGCAGCUCCCACAGGUCAGAUUAGGAAGGAAUCAAGAGAAGGGAGAUUGUGAUGGAUGUUCAGCUACUACAGUACGUGCAAAUGAACUAUAUUAGUAGUAGUAGUAUAUUUUUGUCCAUGCAUGUACCGCAAAGUUGGCAGAUUUAGAAAGGGGAUCAGUGUGGGAUUUAAAUGUAAUGGUCUGUUUUUGUCUUUAUGUCAUAAAAGAAGCUGUGAUGUUUUUUUUGUUUUAUCCAGAUGCCAUCACGUGUUUGAUCCUCACAGCCUCCGUUAUCAAGCAUCACCAUGGAAACACAGAACUCUAAAAUCCCCUCAAAAUAUCAGGACAUCAUCUCCAGAAGUAAUCGGAUCUCCUCAGGAUCUCCUUCUAUCUACCAGCUGAAACCAAAGAAAGAGGAGAUUGGAUCUCUGACUAGAAUGACUGUUGGAGAAAGAAACUUGAACAAGACCAAUAGAACCAUCUUACUGACUGGAGAAUCAGGAACAGGAAAAUCUACUCUGAUCAACUCUCUGGUCAACUACACCAUGGGAGUGAAGUUUGAGGAUGACGUCUGGUUUAAGAUCAUAGAGGAAGAGGAAAGAAGACAAACAGAAAGUCAGACAUCAGAUGUGAUCGUGUACCAGAUCUUUGGUUUUGAAGAUGAAACUCUGCCCUACUCUUUGACCAUCAUCGAUACUCCUGGAUAUGGAGACACCAGAGGACUUGAACAUGAUCUCAUCAUCAAUCAGAGAUUAUUUGACUUGUUUAGAUCAGAUGAUGGAGUUCAUGAAGUUACUGCAGUGGGUUUGGUGGUGAAGAACAGUGAGAAUCGACUGAAUGACCGACUGUCAUACAUCUUAAAUUCAGUGACGUCUCUGUUUGGAAAAGACCUGGAGAAAAACAUCAUAGCUCUCAUCACACACUCAGAUGGAAGAAAACCUAGAAAUGCUCUUGAAGCUCUUGAAGCUGCAAAAGUUAAAUGUGCAAAAAAUGAGAAGAAUCAACCUCUUCACUUCCUGUUUAACAACUGUCAGAGUGAAGACAGAACAGAGGAAGAAGAAUACCUGAAACAUGCUGAUCAAAUAUCAGUAAAAGGAAUGAGAGAGUUCACAGAUUUUCUGGAAAAAACUGCUCCUCGGAAACUGAUGAAAACUGUGGAUGUUCUGAAUGAACAUAUCAGACUGACAGCCUGCAUCCCAAACCUGGAAGAGAGAAUCAACCUGACUGAACUGAAACAGAGAAAGAUCAAACAGAUUCAAGAAGAGGUGAAGAAACAUGAAGAAGAGAUGAAGAAGAAUGAAAAGUUCACUGUAGAAUUUGAUGAGUUCUACAUAGAAAAAGAACCUAUUGGUGGUGGGAUGUGGGGGUUCAUGCUUCAUAAAGGAGCUGUCUCUUGUAAAGUGUGUGAGGAGAACUGUCACUAUCCAUGCACAAUGGCCAAAAGACCUGAAAAAUGUAAGGUCAUGAAGACAGGUCAGUGUACUGUUUGUACCAACAAGUGUCCUGUAUCAGCUCAUGUGAAAGAAAAGUGGAAAUAUGUGACCAAGACGAGGAGAGUUAAGAAAACUGAAGCUGAAAUUAUACAGAUGUAUGGGAAGAAUAUGGCAGAAAGAUGGAAGAAGUUGAACCUUUUGGAAAAUAUUGAGAAAGAAAUGAACCAACUGACAUCACAGAAGUCCCAGCUCCUGGAUGAGGCCUACAAACAUGUUGUCAACCUGGAGCAGAUUGCCCUGAAUGUUAAUUCAGUCUCCACUCAUGUCCACUUGGACUUCCUGAUUGACAAGAUGAAGGAGAGAGGAGACAGAGAGAAGGUCCAGAAACUGGAGGAGAUGAAAAACAGAGUGGAUGAAGGAACCAGAGCAGCACUGAGAUACAUGAAGAAUAAACAGGAUCUGGAAAAUAAGUUAGAUGACUUAGUACUGUAGAUGAUCAACAUGAUUGUGAUCUUUUAGCUGAUCUGAUCUUUAAACAUGAAUCAGUUGUUUGAUUGUGAGUGUGUUCAGUGUAAUAUCCAGUUGAUAUUUCCAAUCAGAAACAUGGUGGAGGAAGUAUUGCGAUUAUUGACUUCAGUCAAAGUACCAACACCAACAUAUUAGUAGUGUUAUCAGUUGUCAGUAAAAUGUAGUUCAUGUAUCAGCAGUAAAAGUAUUCCAUGAGGAAAAUGUUGUAUCAGUGUGAUAUGAUUGUGUCUCCUAUUCCUGGCUUGUUGUUGUCAUUCUAAUCAGUUUGUACAGAGGAUGUUACUCACACUGAACUCCGACACAGUGGAGAAAUCUUCUGCUGAGCUGGAGCUCCAUCCAACUUUCACACUUGAGUGUUUUUGAAGAGAACAGUCCUGAAAUCUAAUGUUCUUUGAUUUGAUUCAUACCUUGGAUUCGUCAUGUGUUUAUGCUGGAAUGACUAGUUGGAAUAUUUCACAUGACUCAGUGGAAACAUUUUGAUCAUUUUAUGUUGUAAACCAGUGUUUCCCAAUCCUGGUCCUCGGGGAACACUGCCCUGCAUGUUUUAGAUGUUUCCUGCUCCAACAUUCAAAUGAGUGGCUCCUUAUCAGGCCACUGCAGAGCUUGAUGACGAGCUGAUCAUUUGAAUCAGGUGUGGUGGAGGAGGAAAACAUCUAAACCAUGCAGGGCAGGGUUAGGGUUAGGGGGACCAGGAUUGGUAAACAUUGGUGUAAACUGUGAAUGGGUUUUAGGAGUCAAAAUAGGAAAAACCUGGAAGUGUGCUUCUUUAUUAUUUUAAUUUAUUCAGAGGUCUGUGAAAGGGACACAACAUCUCCACUGUAACACCCCACAGAGAAUGGUGAAGUGGCUUUUAUCAGUUAUUUAGAAUGGGACCCUUUGUAAUCAAAGCAGAGAGCGUAUCCCUCCUUCCACAACAUGAUUGAAAGAGACCAGUUGCUUAAAUGUGUGUCUGAAUAAUGUGUUCUUAUUAUUCAAAAUUGAUACAUAGAAUAGACCACAUGUCAGAAGUGGAACACUGUCGGUUCCAUAGGUACUUCUUUACAAAGGAGUUGGAAUCUUAAUCUAUAUGGAAUGACUAGUUGGAAUAUUUCACAUGACUCUGUGGAAACAUUGUGGAUCAUUUCAUGUUGAUUUUUUGAAUUCAUUGUAUUCUGUUCUUCACAUUCAAUCAUCUCCUGGUUGAAGCAGUUUUCUGUGAAUCCCGAAUAAAAUUUUCAGUCUC